AUGCAAAGGGCUUCUCAAAUAAUGAGAGAAGAAAACGAAAUAGAAAAAGAUAUAUGUGACAAAAAAAAAAUUAGAUACAAUUAAUAAUUGAUAAAUGUCAAAUAAAUACUUUAGAUUAAGGAAGUUGAAUUAAUCAAUUGCAAGAAAGCUUUGGAAGAAUCAGAAUGA